AUGCCCGUGUAUACGACGGUUGCGUCGUCGCCGAGCACCGCGCCCGCGACAGCCUCGACACUUUCCACGGCUGCGAGUACGGCCUUGAGCACUUUGUCCGAUUUGGCGACGAGUGCCGUGCUUGGCACAACGGGCGACGUAGAUCCGACAGCCCUGGACGCGUUGAUUCAUGCGCUGUACAGGUUUUUGUUGAGUCUCAGCUGCACCGCGUCGGGCACGGAGGGUGUGCCCCAAACGUACGACGAUUUUUGA